AUGCUUUCUAAUACGAUUUCAUUAGUGACAGGUGCAGGUAAUGGUAUUGGUAAACGAGUAGCACAAUUAUUUGCUAGUGAAGGAAGUCGUGUUUGUGGUGUAGAUGUCAAAAAAUUUGAUUCAUCAUGUGAACAUUCAUUUGUUAGUGAUGUAAGUCAACGUCAAUCUGUUGUUAAAUUAGCUGAUGAGAUCUUUUCUAAUAUUCAAGCAUAUCCAACAAUAAUUGUGAAUGCAGCUGGGAUAACACGUGAUGCAUUAUUAUUAAAAAUGCGUGAAGAAGAUUUUGAUGAUGUUAUACGUGUUAAUUUAAAGGGAACAUUUUUAAUAAAUCAAAUUUUUUCUCAACGUUUAUUAGCAGAAAAACCAAAAGAUUUACAAGCAAGUAUUAUAAAUAUAGCAAGUAUUGUUGGAAAAUAUGGUAAUGCAGGUCAAUGUAAUUAUACAGCAUCGAAAGCUGGUGUUGAAGCUAUGACAAAAUCAAUGGCUAAAGAAUUAGGACGUCUUGGUAUUCGUUCAAAUUCAAUUUUACCUGGUUUUAUUCAAACUGCAAUGACAGAUAAAAUUCCCGAUAAGAUUAAAGAGAAAUUAUUAACUAUGGUUGCAAUGGGUCGUAUGGGUACAGUUGAUGAAAUUGCUCAAGUUUGUUUAUUUUUAGCUACACAUAAAAUGAGUAGUUAUGUUAAUGGAGCAAGUAUUGAAGUUACUGGUGGACUUUAA